GAUCGAAAAAUUGUCUUUAAUCUCUCAUCUUCGAUUUGAGAUGUCAAUUCGAAUUAGGUCAAUGUGAAUUCUAGCCACCAAUCACAGUGUAAUCAAACUGCAGGAUGAGUCAUUACUGACUGGUUACCUAUUCGAGUAUUCAAGACUCGCAGCCUUUUUUUGGAUAUUUAAGAAGUACCAGUAUUCCCGAAUUUGACGUUUCCAAAUAAGAAGCUGCUUUUCAACUUUCCACCAAAUAGACCACAAUUAUACCUAGAUUGUAUUCAUCUUUCAAUCUCAGUAUGGUUUCUAAAAUCUACUCGGCGGUCGUCGCCUUUUCUUGUUUAUUGAGCGGUGCUAUCGCAGAAGACCUCGCUGCCGUGUAUGGUUAUACUUCCUACAGUUGCGGUAACGAUGCAAGCUUUUCGUACACUUUUCCAUGUGGAGGAAUAGGAUGCUCGAAUUUAGGAUCUGGAGUUGCGGCCUUGGGUUUGCAUCGCGCGCAUGUUGGCGACGAAGGAGUUACUUGUAGUGCCUAUAGUGAAUCGAACUGUGAAGGAAAAGAGCAAAGUAUGGGAAUUGGAAAAGGCAAGGAUUGGGGCUGCACAAACUCGCAGAUUGGUUGGAUCAAGUCUGUUCAGUGUUAUCAGGGUUGCAAUUCAUAAACCUACCAGUUUGCGAGCAGUGAUGUGGGUUAAAUAGGAGCAU